AUGACAGAGCAAACAAGAAGUGCUUCAUCCUCAGUGUGGUCUAUUCCGUAUAUGAAAGCAAUAAGUCCAUUCAAUGGGUACCAGAACCCCACUUCAAAGUCUAAUGACCAUAAGAUCAUUCCCGACUCUCCAACUAACGCUGGUCGAUUUCGGGGAAAAACAUUCCCUAGUUUCGGCGGGCCAAACUCUCACGUGAGCCCGCAUAGUUUGCGGGUGCGCUCCUGUGGCUGCGCAGCGUGUGUUGCAUCCGCGUCAUACCCCUACACACCGUUUUUGGUGCCACGAGAGCUAAAGGACAGUCCUAAUCAAGCGUACUACCCUGUAAAGGAAAUCGAAAACGCCAGUAAGAACCUUUUGCCACCUGGAAUGCAAGACGCCUCUCCAAACGAGACAUGUGACGUCACUGAUAGCUCAUCUAGUGCCAGGCGCGGUCGGACAGUAUUCUCCGCACAGCAGCUGCAAGUACUGGAGCGAGUGUUUGCAGGAAGUCAGUACAUCGUGGGCUCACAAAGAAAGUUUCUCGCCAGCCAGCUGAGAUUGAGUGAGACCCAAUAUUGA